ACUAAUAUGAGCAGGUCUGUAUUUAUAGAAGAGCCCCACAGUAGAUACCCCAUAAUCCUCCCUGACCCCUGUUUCAAUCCCUGCCUCAUCCCUGUGUCUGGACCAGCCAACCUCCGCAGUCCUUGACUUCAGCCUUACUCUCGUCCCAUUUCAGCUGAGGCAGAGAGCCUUGAGGUCAGCACUGCGUUUUGGGAAGGAGAGGGAACCUUUUAUCUACUUCUUCUCUUGCCUGAUUAGAAUAAAGAAAGGCAAACCAAAAAUGUCCUCCAGUGAGCGGUUCGACUGCCAUUACUGCAAAGACUCUCUGCUGGGAAAGAAGUACAUCAUGAAAGAGGAGACGCAGUACUGCACAAAGUGUUAUGAGAACCUAUUUGCUAACUGCUGUGAAGCAUGCUCUUUACCUAUUGGCUGUAACUUUAAGGACCUGUCCUAUAAGGAUCACCACUGGCAUGAGCAGUGCUUCGUGUGCAAAGUGGCAAGCCGUUCCCUGGUAGAGAAGGCCUUUGCAGCCAAGGAGGAUUUACUACUCUGCACUGAAUGCUAUGCACAUGAUUACUCAUCCAAGUGCAGCACCUGCAAGAAAACCAUCAUGCCAGGUUCCCGAAAAAUGGAGUACAAGGGGAACAGCUGGCACGAGACUUGCUUCCUGUGUCACCGCUGCCAACAGCCAAUAGGAACCAAGUCUUUCAUCCCCAAAGACUCUAGCUACUUCUGCGUGCCCUGCUUUGAAAAGCAGUUUGCAUACCAGUGCUGUGCUUGUAAGAAGGCCAUCACUACGGGGGGUGUGACCUACCAAGACAAGCCCUGGCAUCGUGAGUGCUUCCUCUGCAUCGGCUGCAGAAGGCAGCUAUCAGGGCAGCGCUUCACCUCUAGGGAAAAUUACCCCUACUGCCUAGAGUGCUUCAGCAACCUGUAUGCCAAGAAGUGUGUGGGUUGCACCAAACCCAUUUCCAGUCUGGCAGGUGCCAAAUAUAUUUCAUUUGAGGAGCGUCAGUGGCAUAGUGAGUGUUUCACCUGUAUGAGAUGCUCUGUGUCACUGGUGGGACGCGGCUUCCUCACCCAGCGAGAUGACUUAUUAUGCACCGACUGCGGCAGGGAGAAAUGACCUUCGCAGGACAAUUCUUGCCCACGAUGCAAGAGCUUGCGUUCUCUUUUAUCUGCGGAUAUUUCUUGUUAGUAUACUUGGUGCAUAAACCAGGACUUACCGUGGUCACGCAGUAACAUCAUGACCAGUGAUUGGUGAUUCAGCUGAAAUUUCUCAUCUUGCUUUAACUUUGUGUUCUUCUUUAAAUGCAUUCAAUGUUCCUGUGACAUUUGCCAUUUACGUAAAUGUAAAAAAAAAAUUACAUUUGUUUUCAGUAGUUGCCAAUGUGCUUUAUGCAACAACAAAAAAAUCUAUUAAUUUUGACAAAAGUGAAAUAGUGUUUGCUUUUCAGACUAUAGCCCCAAAAAAGUGAGAAAUAGGGCUGGUGCUGAGAAUGACACUAUCUGCAGAAUUGUAUGAUGUUUGCAUAUUUUGCAUGGAAAUAUUUUCGCAAGCAGAAAGUUUUGCAUGAUUUUGCUUAACAAAUAGGAGGUUGCUUCACAUUUCAAUGGCAGACUUUAUAGGUUUGAUUUAAAUGUGCACACUGACAAAAAAGGACAGGCAUUGUGAAUUAGCAACAUUAAAGUGUUAAAUAUUUGACAAUUGUUCCUAUUCAGUUUAACUAAUAAAUAAGAUGAGUUUGAACCUGUG